AUGGUAUCUCUCUUAGAAAGCAAGAGAAAGAGAAAGACUUCUUUGGAAGAAAAGCUUCCAACAAGUAACAACCACAGAAAGAAAGCCAAACACGACUUCUUCAUUCUCUUUCUACUCUAUUCCUUGAGUAAAUUCCAAGUCUUCGCCGCUUGCUUCUUUGUUUUCUUCUUCUGCUUCAUCAUCAUCUUCCUUCUUCUUCUUCUUUCUUCUUCUUUCACCAUGGAAAAACAUCAGUAUGGGCUUUUGGUAAUCUUCUCCAUUGUAGUCUCACUUGGGCUUGUUUCUUUUACUUCUUGUAUCAUUGCAGAGACCAAGAAAGCUAAGAAGGAGGAGGUGAAGUUGGAUAAUGAAUUGUGUUAUUUGCCAGAAAGCAGAGCUUUCAGCUAUGGAAUUGCAGCAGUAGUAUGCUUGGUCAUUGCUCAAAUCAUAGCAAAUUUGGUAAUUUGCAGCAAUUUUUGGUUGAGAAAGGAUGGCGAUUCUUCCAAGGCUAAGAAACCAAUCGCUGCCACUGCAUUUCUGGUAUUGUCCUGGCUUUUGGUGUGUUCAUGGAAAUUGAUGUUCGAGACCACUCUCUGUAGAGCUCAAUGGACCAGCACAUUGCUGAGACGAGCUGGGAUGAAAACCUAG